AAGAGUAAACCUUGAUACCUUUAUCUGAUUGCAAAUUGGCUAUAUACUCGUAACUUUCGUCUUUUUGUGACAACUAUUGAAGUACAAAGAUCUUGAACAUCGAAAGUGAAACAACAUUUUCUCCAGGUGUGAAAAAUCUCUAAGCAAGCUUGAAGCCAGUACUUUCCCGUGGAGUGGAUGACUGUUCCAGACUGGAGGAGGAAGAGUGUAAUAUAGUGUCACAAUGGCAUCAGGUGGAUUACACACACUAUCAGAGUUGAGGAUUGUGUUGCUGGGUAACAGAAUAUCUGGGAAGAGUUCCUCAGGGAAUACCAUCCUGGGCAGAGAAGAGUUUGAUCUGAGGACAUCUGCUCAGUCUGUGAGGAGACAUGGAGAAGUAUCAGGGAGGCAGGUCACUGUUGUCAACACUCCAGGAUGGUGGGCUAAUCACCCUGUGGAGUGGACACCUGAGAUGGUUAAACAGGACAUUGUCCUCAGUGUGUCUCUGUGUCCCCCAGGACCCCACACUGUCCUUCUGGUCAUACGGGUGGAUGGUUCAUUGACUGAGAAACACAGGAGAUCGGUUGAGGGACACAUGGAACUUCUCGGUGAGACAGUCUGGAGUCACACUAUAAUCCUGUUCACCUUUGGGGACUGUCUGGGAGACACAACCAUUGAACAGCACAUUGAGAGUGAUGGGAAGGAGCUACAGAGGCUUGUUGAAAAAUGUGGAAACAGGUAUCAUGUCUUCAACAAUAAGAACAUGGGUGAUGGAUCUCAGGUCACAGAGCUGCUGGAGAAGAUAGAGGAGAUGGUGACAGGAAGGAGAGGAGGAUAUUACAAGGUAGAGAAAGAGUUUCUAACAAAGACAGAAAACAGGAGGAAGGCAGAGGAAGAGAGAGCAAAACAGAGACUGAUGAAGGUGAAGGAACAGAGAGAGGCCCUGAAAUCACAACUGGAUGACUCCCUCCAUCUCUCAGAGUUGAGGAUUGUGUUGCUGGGAUCCAGAACAUCUGGGAAGAGUUCCUCAGGAAACACCAUCCUGGGCAAAGAGGAGUUUGACCUGAAGACAUCUGCUCAGUGUGUGAGGAGACAUGGAGAAGUAGCAGGGAGGGAGGUCACUGUGGUGGACACUCCAGGAUGGUGGGCCAAUGUUCCGAUUGAGGAGACUCCAGAACUGGUUCUGGACGAGAUUGUCCUCAGCAUGUCUCUGUGUCCUCCAGGACCACACACUGUCCUCCUGGUUAUAGAUGUGGAUGUUUCAUUCAAAGAGGAACACAGAAAAUCGGUGGAGGAACAUCUGAAGCUUCUCGGUGAGACGGUCUGGAGUCACACUAUAAUCCUGUUCACCUUUGGCGACUGUCUGGGAGACACAACCAUUGAACAGCACAUUGAGAGUGAAGGGAAGGCCCUCCAGGGGCUUGUUGAGAAAUGUGGAAACAGGUAUCAUGUCUUCAACAAUAAGAGCAGGGGUGAUGGAUCUCAGGUCACAGAGCUGCUGGAGAAGAUAGAGGAGAUGGUGUCAGGAAACAGGGGAGGUUAUUAUAAGAUAAAGAGAGACAUUCUUGAGAAGAAACAAGAGACAAGGAAGACAGAGGAAGAGAGAGUAAAACAAAGACUGAUGAAGGUGAAGGAACAGAGAGAGGCCCUCAGAUCACUUGUAGAUGACUCCCUCCAUCUCUCAGAGUUGAGGAUUGUGUUGCUGGGAUCCAGAACAUCUGGGAAGAGUUCCUCAGGAAACACCAUCCUGGGCAAAGAGGAGUUUGACCUGAAGACAUCUGCUCAGUGUGUGAGGAGACAUGGAGAAGUAGCAGGGAGGGAGGUCACUGUGGUGGACACUCCAGGAUGGUGGGCCAAUGUUCCGAUUGAGGAGACCCCAGAACUGGUUCUGGACGAGAUUGUCCUCAGCAUGUCUCUGUGUCCUCCAGGACCACACACUGUCCUCCUGGUUAUAGAUGUGGAUGUUUCAUUCAAAGAGGAACACAGAAAAUCGGUGGAGGAACAUCUGAAGCUUCUCGGUGAGACGGUCUGGAGUCACACUAUAAUCCUGUUCACCUUUGGCGACUGUCUGGGAGACACAACCAUUGAACAGCACAUUGAGAGUGAAGGGAAGGCCCUCCAGGGGCUUGUUGAGAAAUGUGGAAACAGGUAUCAUGUCUUCAACAAUAAGAGCAGGGGUGAUGGAUCUCAGGUCACAGAGCUGCUGGAGAAGAUAGAGGAGAUGGUGACAGCUGACAGGAGCGAACAUGACGGAUCUGAUGACCAGCAUAUGAAAUGCUCUGAAUACGACUUCCUGACAUCACAAUCAGCAUUUGAAGACGGUUCUGAAAGAAAAUCAAAGGGGCCUAUAUGGGUUCAAAACUCAGACACCAUGGGGCUCCAGUGCUCCGCUCCAGGUCUGUUCCAGUGCAGGUUGACAGGGCUGGUGUUUCAGAUGGAGGGGGAGGGGGAGGUGCAGUACAAGACUAUCCAAUGGGAUGAGAGUUUAUUACACUCCACAGGUCAGGUUCCUGCAGGACCUCUGUACAGCAUUAAGUGCCCUCAGGGUUCUGUCAGUGAGCUCUACCUUCCACACUGUGAGGUUCUCUCUGGAGAGGGUUUUGGUUCCCUGUCUGUGGCCCAUGUUACUGGUGACAGUGUGGAGGUUUUACCACCACUGAGGGUGACCGAAACACACAUAGUGGUGACCAUCAGAGACCUGUCCUUAUGGGGCCUGGUCAGAACCUAUAUUCCCUUCCUGUCCAUAAAGGGACAGGUGCUGCCUUUCCUCAAAUCCGUGGACAGUUCACGUUCUGUUCUGGAUGUGAUCGUCCUGCCAUCAAAUGUGCCACUCAGUGAGGUGAAGCAGCAACAGACAGGAAGCACCUACAUCCAGGUCUGUUCAGGCUGCACUCUCAUUAGAUGGGAAACAUACUUUCUCUCCUCUGACCUGGAGAACAUCCAGGAGAAGAUAACCCCAGAGUGUGCUGCAUUUGAUUGCAACUAUGGUCCAAACUUCCACCCCUCCUUUCAAGUGUUCCUGGAUCCGAAUAUGAAGGAUUUGAAGCUGAGUCUGCUGAAUGGAGGGGCUGGUGGUGACUUGGUGUGGACAGGGAUGAUUCCUCUGCCAGGUGCUCCUGUGGCGGGAUGCGAACAGACUAGGACUCCUCCAAAGGAUUCUGCAGACAAGCUGCUGCGUUCUGUACGGAAGGUCUUUGUGGAUCGUGUGUCAAAGCCUGUUGUUGAUAAUCUGCUGGAUGUUCUUCUGCAAGAGAAGGUUAUUAAUACCAAUGAAAUGGAGACAGUGAAGGAGAUGUCUGUGAGGGCAGAGAAGGCGAGGGAGAUCAUAGACAUGGUGUUGAAUAAAGGACCUGCUGCGUGUUCUAAAAUGAAGGCCUCUCUGGUAGAACUGGACCCCUACUUAAGCAGAACAUUUGGGUUCAGCUGAAAUGCGGUUGGAGGGUUAAAUAAUAUAACUGGUUUGUUUUGUAUAUCGGGUAAGCAAAGGAAUCAACCCAUCAAAACUCUGAACCAUGAAAAUGCUUUGCUAUGUUUACCUAUAUACAGUUCAGAAACUGACGCCUCACAGGUACUCAACUGGCAACUUUAUUAAAUAGCAGCCGCGAAACACCAGUCUCAGCAUCAACAGUAAAGAGGUGACUCCGGGAUGCUGGCCUACUAUUUAAUCAAGCUGACACAUGAGGACCUGUGAGGCGUCUGUUUUUCAAACUAGACACUCUAAUGUAUUUGUGCUCUUGCUCAGUUGUGCACUGGGAUCUCCCACUGCUCUUUCUACUCUGGUUAGAACCAGUUUGCGUUGUUCUGUGAAAGGAGUAGUGAUACUGAAGAUACUCAACUUGUCUAAUGAAGGACAGUUUUAUUGCUUCUUUAAUGAACACAACAGCUUUGCAAAAUGGUUUUCUAAUGAUCAAUUAGCCAUUUAAAAGGAUUAACUUGGAACAUAACGUGCCAUUGCAACACAUGAAUGAUGGUGGCUGAUAAUGGGCCUCUGUACACCUAUGUAGAUAUUCCAUAAAAAAUCUGCCGUUUCCAGCUACAAUAGUCAAUUUACAACAUUGUCUACACUGUAGUAUUGUGAAUUUUGUUAUUUUAAUGGAUGAAAAUGUAGAUUUUCUUUCAAAAACAAGGACAAACAAGUGACCCUUCUGAACAUUAGUGUAUAUACAGUAUAUACAUACACACACAUUACCUCCAGUAAGUAUUCAGAACAUACACAUAGUACCCCAUAUUGAAAAAGCAACAACAAUGUUUUUUAAAUGCAUGCUACGUUAUUGGAUAUAUGAAACUAAAAUAUCUAACCAAUGUAAGUAUUGGUGUUGCAAUAAAUAUUUUUCUUAAGAAAAUAUUGAUUACUUUUAAAUAAUUUAGUAGACACUCUUAUCCAGGACUCCGGAGAAGUAUAAUCUCUAGUUUAAAUUGACUGCUGAUAACACUGACAAGCUAAAAGUACAGAUAUAAAACAUUUAAUUUCUGUAUAUGGUAUAUUGCAAAUCCAGGGACAACCAAAUAUUUCUCUUAUAUGCAAUGAUAUGAAUCCCACUGCUUCGCUCUUUUUGUUGGUGGAUUUCUGACAUGAAUAUGAUUAAAACAAUAUGUUACUCACCUAUGACAAUGGUCUCAACUGGGCAAACAUGCUGCCCCCAAUUUAGCAUUACAAGAGGAACAUGACAAGGCUGUUCACAUUCGCCUUUGAUGUUUCCUAUGGCUUUGGAUCAAUUGUCAUAGGCUAUUUGAAAGUCACUUGAAUAUGCACCUACCAUGGUUAAAAACUUGAUGAUUUUCAAAGUUGAGAUAUUUUGGAUUAGUUUUAUGCCCCUCAGAUCAACUGUUCAAUUAAACUACAAUAAUAUUCUUCAGCUUGUAGAUGCAAACCUAGAACGCUUGGCUUUGAUUAUAAAUUAAUUCCAAAGCAGAUUAGCUUAACCUCAGAAACUUUUAAUAUUUUUAUGGUCUUUUGCAUCUGUUCAACUCUACAGUAUAAGUAGCAUAGCGACCUAUGGAGGAAAAUAUAGUAUAUCCACUCAGAAACCAAUUCAGGACAUUUAAAUCCAAUAUAAUGUAUCAGGAACCUCUUCAAUUCAGGACAUUUAACCCCUAUAUAAUGUACCAGGAACCCCUUCAGUUAAGGUCCUACAACCACAAUAUAAUGUACCAGGACCCUCUUUGUACUUUUACCUGCAGUUGUAAGCAACUCUUCAAUUCUGUGAUGUUCUACAGGGAACGGAACUAAACACACACCCUGUUAUUAAAUUAUUCUCCACUCAAAAAACCUGAGGAUUAGUCUCAGAAAUGUAUACUCAUACACUGGCCUUUUUAUAUUGCAAUUAGUGUCUGUGUAUAAAUAGUCAAUGAGUUGGUUAGCUCCCACGUGGAUGCACUGA